CUGGAUUCUCAAACAAAAUCAGAACAAUCGAAUUUAGUUCAAUAAUAAAUUGUGUGUACAACGGACGCUAUUUAAUCGAAUAAGAAAGUCAAAUAAAUAAAUAAAACUAUUUAAAAAUAAUUUAUAAAAAUUCUUAUAAAACCAUGGGAAAAAUAUUGAAUGAAACAAAAUAUUUUCUGAAGACAUUGGUGUGUUUUUUAGCGGCUUGUCUUUUAGUGCCUAUAAUUUUAUUAACUUUCAUCUUUGUACACUACAGUAACGAAUUAGUCAAUUAUGUGCUAUCUAUUAAAUAUCCACAAAUAUCAAUCUCAAAAACGAAAAAGAUACGUUCUCUCAUUGACACAAGACGAAAUGCUGGCAUUUUCAAUUUUCUAAUACAAGUGAAAGGUCCAUGUGAUUUUGAUCAAAUUAAACGAUAUUAUGAAGAACAUUUAACGAGUGCUCGCGAAAAAACGGGACAAUUAAAAUUUCCCAAAUUGCGCCAACAAUUAGUUAAUUGUUGGGGUCAUUAUGGCUGGGUAAAGGAUACAAGUUCUUUUAAUCUCAAUAAUCAUAUUUUGCUGAAUACUUCACCCCAUCGUGGAUAUGCUGUAAAUGAUUCUAAUAUUCAAGACUUUAUAAGCGAUUUAGUUACAAAAUAUAUUCCGUCGGAUUUACCACAAUGGCAAGUUAUUGUGAUACCAACAUCCACGAAAGCUUCUACAAGUCAAGAGGAAAAGAAUGAUGAAUAUGAUCAGGAUGAACAUUAUUAUAUACUCCUAAAAAUACACCAUUUAAUUAUAGCCGAUGAGGAUGAUCUUCACAUUAGCGAAAUGCUUAUGUUAAAAGAUGAUAGUGAUAAGCCAAUCGUAGAAAUCGGUGGAGUUACCAGACGAAACUCUAAAUUAAACAAUAUUUCAUCUUUCAUACGCAAACCGCAUCACAUAGAAAACCUAUUCCGACACAUAUGCAUGGUGAUACUAAACCAGUGGAAUAAAUUUAUUUAUGAAUUUGAAUCUCUGGAAACUCCCGAUGGGGUAAUUGAUUUAAAAAUCACAACUCUGUCACAGCUGCUUUCAGUCCUGCUGAUAAUAGCUGUGAAUGUAUUUGUCAAUUAUUGGAAAAUAAUGUCAUCCAAACGUAAAACUAAGUCUUUGCGCAAACAUCAUCCAGAGAUGGAAGGUAGAUAUAGGAUUAUAACGAAACUAGUGGCAAAGGAAGUCAACAAACGGCAUUUAUCUUGGAAAGUUGCUAGUGAUGCUGUGAGCAAUUCCCUGCAGUUAACGAAUUUAACAAAAACCUGGGCAAAGAUAAUGUGGCAAAUGAAUGUCAGUAGUAUAAUGUCGAUACCCUAUAACGUGUAUCUUGAACUCUUUGCAAUGAGAGAAUUAAUAUUUAAAGGUGAAACCAGACUUAUCACAACUUAUAGCAGUCGUUUAUCCGUUUAUGUACCAUUGUUAAUUUACGCUCAAAUGGAGUUUAUUAAAAUCUGCUAUGAGAUAUUUAAAGCCCCAGUUAAUAUCUAUGAGGAACUAGUACAAUAUCCUUCGAAAGAGGAAAAUAAAUUACACAAAAUGUCAUAUUCGGGACGAAAGAUCGUUUCGUUUACUAAAUCUAUAGAUGGCAAACAGUUGCAAAAACGUUUAACAUUCAGCGAUGAAAUACGCGAAUCAGAUUACAUACUCGCCUGUUUGUCUGCAGCUAUUUAUGACUACUUUCAAUAUUAUAAUAAAGAAGUUCCAGUUCCCAAAAUGCUUAAUACCACUUGUCGUACGAUGGGCAAGGGUUAUUUAACAGAUAAUCUGGGUGAUAAGACCGAUUUUAUUGGCGGAGUUGUCUUUCUACAAUUACCUUUGAAAGUACCCGAUCGCGAUCAUGCAAAAAAAAUUCACUCGAUAAUUGAGCAGAUACGUCGCAAACAGAUUAUGAUAUAUUUGGCCUCAAUGGGUCAAACUAAAUAUGACAUGUUAACAUCUAUCUUUCCCAGUGUGUUGACAAAAAUAUGCAUAAAUUAUUUCUCUUCCAACUUCCCAGUUACCAUAACAGAAAUACAUGGUGAAAAUUCUGAAUUUCAGACAUUAUGGGGACAAAAGGUCGACGAUGUCUUACUUUUCCGUCCGCCACAAUCGAAAACUUGCCUUUCGUUGAAUAUUCAUCGAUUUGGUGAUAAAUUCCGUUUAGCUGUCAUGGCAGAUACUCAACUUGGACCAGAACAUUCAAUUAUAACACGUUCUUUUGAAAACUAUAUGGAGACGAUUUCGAUAUAACUUUUAUAAUUUUUCAUAUACUUAUGUAUAUUUAAAUUACUGUUUAUUAAGUUUAAAUAUAUUUUUACACCAAAAUUUUAA